GCGUGCGCCAGUCGUUGCGUCGCCGGUGCGGACCGCGCUCGCGUCGAUGUUAACUAAAACAUUUUACUUGCAAUCUCUUCUUAAACUUAUGUUAACUCUCAACAUAAUAGGAUAUCCGUGGCCACCGUUUAAACUGCGUCGACUCAGUGAAGUGUCGUGACCAUGACGUAUCCUCUCAAGAUGAGAACUUCAACUAAAAUCCAGUGCGUCUGUUACGGACUCCUAAUCUUAGCACUGUACUACAAACCGUACUUAGUUUACGUCCUCCUCCAAAUCGUUAUGGUCGGGGGCAUGGUAGUUGGACUUUAUCAGAAGAAUACAAACCUAAUGUGCAAAUCCAAGAAGUCGUUGUUCGGCAGAACAGCGAUUGUCACCGGAGGCACAACCGGGAUGGGCUUGGAGAUAGCAGCUGACUUCGCGCACAGAGGAGCCAAAGUUAUAAUAGCGUGCCCUUUCAAAGACGAGGGUCUGCAUGCUAAGAAGCUUAUUGAAAGAAGUUCUGGCAGCGAUAAGAUAAUUUUUAAAUUACUAGAUCUGUCAUCUUUUACAUCGAUACGCCGGUUUGUAGCGGAUAUAUUAGAAACGGAGGACAGAUUGGACCUUCUGAUCAAUAACGCCGGGGUGGGCGUCCCGGAUGACUUCCUGACGGCCGACGGGCUGCCCUUCAUCAUACAAGUGAAUUACUUCGGCACGUUCCUGCUGACUGUGUUACUCCUGCCGCUUCUGAAGAAGACCGGUGCACCAUCAGAACCGAGUAGGAUAGUGAAUACAGCCUCCAUCCUCCACAAGUUUGGGAAGGUGGAUUUCGAGAAGUGGCAUAAGAUCGACAAUAAUUACUCCAAAAUGCGGAAGUACGGGACGAGCAAAUUGGCUUUGGUGAUGUUUACCCGCGAGCUGAGUGUUAGGCUGAAGGAUUCAAACGUGAUCGUGAACGUUGUUGAUCCUGGUGCGGUGGGGACUGCGAUAUUCAAGAGUUCUGGGCGGAACUGGGGAACUUUCUUCGCUUUCAUGAUAGGGAUUCUGUUUAAACAUCCCUGGGAGGGCGCUCAGACGGCCUUGUAUGUCUCGCUGAGCUCCACGGUGGGCAAGAUGAGCGGGAAGUACUUCAAAAACCUGAAGGUGGCUCUCCCGGCAGCCGCAGCUAACAAUGAGGAGGUUUCAAAACGCCUUUGGGACGAAACAGUGAACCUCGUAAAGUUGAAAGACGAGGAGUUGCGUUGCAUAUCGUGAUGUGUACAAGGUUUGCAAUGUUGAGUAGGAUACUAAUGUAUUACAAGGUUCGUGAUUCCUGUCUGUGUAAUAUUUACACGUUAAUGAAGUGGUUUGAAGUGUAAUUGAUACAGGAUUUGUAUGUACUCGUAAGUCCUAAUUAACCAAAACGAAGACACCUAUUACAAAAUACAAUAUUAAUGAAUGGACAUAACUACUGUACAAUAAUAAAAUAUAAUCUUUUAAUAAAGUGUUUGUGUAUAAAGUA